UGUUUUCGCGCGUGUCCAAAUCCACCAAUAACAAUAGACGUAUUAUAAGGCAUCAUUGAACAUGACCAAUCACAAUGCCCCUUUUAUGGGUAGUACGAGUGGAAGACGAAGAAGACAUCUCAUUCGAAUCCAAAUCGAAGAAUUGAUUGGGAGAGAAGGCUCGUGUAGUGUUUUGGCAUUCCGUUAGGUUCUUUCUUCUGAACCGUAUAUGUAUUGGUAGAAACCUUAGACGAUAACUAGACAACGAGACGACAGACCCACGGGUCUUCGAAAGCGUCUUAUCUCGGUGCAUGAGCGAACAUGUCUUCCAGGGGGUCGUUCAAAGUUCCGCGAGUUUCCAAAUUCAAGCACGUAUUUGGGAACCCGUACAAGAAAGAAAAAUGCUAUGAAGCGAUCAGAUUAUCAACGCAUAUGACAGAAGGAGGUAACCUAUGUGCAGUUAAUCCUAAAUUCCUCGCAGUGGCGGUAGAAUCUAGCGGCGGCGGGACGUUUCUAGUGCUCCCCCUCGACCAGGUAAGCUUUGUUUAGUUUUGUUGUGUACCGAAUAAACGGCGUUUGAGGCCUUCUUAGAUUAGCAAUAUUUUUGUCCGUUUGCUGUUCAAAUAAUUUUAUCAUUUCCUAUUUGCUGAGGGUUUUUAGGUAUUCUGUUAGUUCUGUUAUCCGUGUGGCAAAAUGCCUGUAAAAUGUCAUGAUCAUUUUGCAAAGAAUUACCAGCGUAAAAAUACUAAUUAGCUCUUGUCUAGCCGCGUGGAACCGGUAUAUAAGCCAAAGGCUGGGAAAUUUCUAGAGUUAAGUGAAGCUUGGAGAAUACAGCAUUUUAGCUUGUUUUGUACAAGCUGUGUUGUUAGUGUUGUGACGCAAAGAUGCUCAUUACUUGGGAAUUGUGACUUAAUCGACAACACGAAAAAAAUUGAAACAGAUGCGCACUGCGUCAAACACAAUUAAAAAACUGAUUCCUUUUUCAUGUAAAUUGUCACUUGCUUCUGGUUUUUGAAGAAUGUGUGAUCUCGACCUGUUCGAUACACGACUUGCAAACAUUUAAUUAUACGUUUCCAAGUCUUAAAUGCUAAGAUAGUUUCAUUGUUCGCUGCCGUCACCAAAUAGUUUACCUUUGUUGUAAAUGCAAAUUUAGAUUCUUGAAUGCAUGUAAGCUUAUUUUUAUUUUAGGCGUGACAUUUUCAAGUUAUUCAAUCAUGCAACUUGGGAAAAUUUAAUACUGCAUCUUGCAAGAACUUUUCACCACAAAAUUAAACAGACUUUGUGGAGCUUGAUUGAGCUGUUUCGUCGGUAGCAAAAUAUUUUCGGUUGGUCUGAGAUAACUUCUGCUAUAAAGUUUACCGACACCAGAGUAAUUAAUGCACGUUUCUGAUACAUGUAUUAUUUGAACAAAUAAAGCUUCAUAGUUUGACAUGUACCUUGUAGGUUACUUUGUUUUCCAAAUGUGUUAGUUUGAUUACAAGAUAAAAUUUUCUGAAAAAUCUCUCUACAGAUCUGACCUGUAGGAGACAAGAAUCCAGUAUUCAAGUGGCAGAAUGUUUUGAUUUCAUGUUACCCCAUGCAUGUCAUUAUUUUGCAUUAGGAGCAGGAUAUAAAAUUGUGGUUUAGCGGUGGUGACCAAAAGUUGGGAAAUAUAAUCCAUUUUUAAUAUGAUCUUCUGGUAUUUUUCAUUAUUAUUAUUUUGCAUGUGCUAAAAAGUCACAAAACAGAACUGAUUAAUUUAACUACAGGAAGGUCGAACAAAAGGUCUCUAUUUCUAGUGAGUAUGAAUAUUUAAAAAUCUGUCGGACACAAAAAAACCUGUGGCUGCCUCCUUCUAAGUUUCUAUUAUUCACAUAAUUUACUCAUAUACCCAAUAGGAUACCCUAGAUUGACAAGACGAAAAGGGUUCAUGGAUGGCCAUAAUUUGCAAGAUUACUAUAAGUGUCUGCAAAUCUUUAAGCUAAAAUCUUGGCACAGUCACGUACAGAACAAAUUAUUAAUUGAAUAGCCAAAGGUAAACUUUCUUGUAUGAAGACAACAGAUGUCCUCAGGCACUAGAAUCUUUGAUUUUGGUAAAAAUCAUGAUGAUCAAGUACCCGUGACACAAAGUUCAGUUAUUGCUUGGCGAAAAUAAAGUUUAUAAUAGUCUUGUACAUUCAAUUCUGUCUUAACGGAUGCCUCUCUAAGACCGACACCUGGUGUUGGUCCCUGCCAUUUUUCAGUCUUUUUACUGUAGCUAUACUCUCUAUAAGACGGACACCUCUCUAAGACAGACAACAGACACUUUUGAAACCAUCAACAGACAAUAAUAGAAGUUCUUUAUGCAGUGAAAAAUACCUCAAAAUGGAAUUGUAGGUGCUGUACUUGACAGUAAAUUGCAAAAUGUUAGAUAUUUUGUAGUCUUGCUCCAGUUCACAGUGUGUAUGCUGGUACGCUUUUAGACCAGGGAGCCAUGAACGUUUGCUUGUAAUGAAUGUUUGAUUGCGUAAGGAGAAAAUAAUUUUCAUUUCUCUCCUACAAUGGAAUUUACAAUGUUCCAGUUUUAGCUGUUUUAUACAAGUUGUAUAAACAGACAUGUAUCAAUUGCCAAUAGGUUCAGCAUUAAACUCACUGGUGUCACGUUACCUCGACCCUAUAUAAGCUGGACAGCUCCCUAAGACGGACAGUCAGGGCCGGUCCCAAAGGUGUCCGUCUUAGAGAGAGUUGACUGUAAUCUGUAAAAAAAUAGUUUACUUAAAGUAGCCUCUACUCAGAUAAUCACACAAGUUCCAGGUGUUAAAACUGGUAUAUUUGACACUUAAUUGUUCACGGCAAACAUUUUAAGUAGAAGUAGACUAAUUCAAUGAACUUGCAUGUAAUCAUCAGAAGCAAAUUAUUCAAAUUCCUGGUGUCUAGUCCCUGGGUCUGAUCUCUCCAUGAACAAAAUACAAAAGUGAUGUUUCCUCCUCAUCCCCCAGGCACAUGGGCAGGGAACAUACAUGUACAUGUUCAGCAAAUCUUGCCCCAUGUGUGGCUUUAGUUACCCCAGAGUCAACCUCUGAGGGAAGCCACUGACUUCUGAGUUGUGUGUCAGUAAAUGCUUUAAAUGAAAUUAAAUGCAGUUAAACAGCAAGAAAUACCAUCUUAUGUUGUCAGUUAACAGUCAGGUUGGUGUUGCAAAUGCGGCCAACCUUGCAAACAUGAGCUCCAUGUGCUUGGUGCAGUGUUCCAUGGCAGCUACCGGGUUUUGUUCAGCCUUUGGAUCCUUCAUUUACCCCCACCCUUCCUAGCUUUUUCUCCACUGAAUAGUCAAUUUGAUGGGAGAGUAGUUCUGUUGGCAUGGGGCUCAUGGCUGGGAGGGUCUGAAAGUCCCUGGACAUCCCAGGUACCCUCGCCAUUAAGCAAUGCAGUUUUUGAUGGAAGUGACAAUACACGAUACCUUUUGACAAGUACAUUUAAAACUUUUUUUUUUAAUUCUGUCCAUUACAGGUGGGACGAGUACCUAUAGAUGCUCCAAAAGUAACAGGUCAUGGACGACCUGUGUUAGAUAUUGAAUGGAAUCCUUUCAAUGAUCAAGAAAUAGCAUCCAGUUCAGAAGAUGGGUCAAUCAAAAUAUGGCAUAUCCCCGAAGAUGGGCUUUCCAUGGACCUUGAUGAAUACUUAGUUGACUUAAGGGGUCACACUCGGAAAGUCAACAUAAUUAGAUGGCAUCCCUGCGCAGAAGGAGUUAUAGCCAGUGCAGCUUAUGAUAGUGAAGUGAGAAUAUGGGACAUUGUUGAUGAUAGAGAAGCUGCAACAAUUCUUAAGGGUCAUCCUGAAACAAUUUUCUCAUUGUCUUUCAACUAUAAUGGAAGUUUACUAGCAUCCACUUGCAAAGACAAAAAGAUAAGGGUUAUAGAUCCCAGAGCUGGACGUCUUGUUGCUGUGAGUAUGGCGUCAUAUAUUUAUUUAAUUCUUUUCUUUUUAUUGUUGACCAUGGUGGCAUAAAGCUUACAUCAUUAUUGGGCUGCCCACGCUCAAACAAGAAUUACCUUCCAUCUAUGUCGAAAAAAGACAAAAUGGCGGAUGGAACUCCCAGAAGGGUUUGUGUGUUCCAUUCCCCCUUCAUUGCAGCCAAUUUUUGUGGGGAGGGGACAGGUGAUUUCAGGUCAUCUGGUGAACACAUCUGGAAGUUGAGUUGAAACUAACACAAAAUUAUUGCGCGGAGUUAUUAGCCCUAUUUCUACGCCAAACGAUUUUCUAAUUACAGUAUUCAGGUGGGGUAGUUAGCCAGCACGGGAGCUGCAGAAACAAUGCCCUUCCACGGUCCCCACAGGAAAAGACUUGUUGCAAUUCUCUCCCUGCGUGUUUAAAGUCUUUCCUUUUAAUAAAGGAAAGGAGUAUGCUAUUUGUAGGUUGCUUCGUCAGUAGAAACAUAUUCACAUGGAUAGUUAGAAGGGCUUUAAAUGCAAUAUCAAUGUCAUUGACUGAACAGUUUACUUAGUGUAUUAAGGAUUGUUGUCACUGAUUUGCAUGCCGAUAAAAAUAAUAUUUUAGUCAUGUCUUUAAUGCCUUUUUUCUUAAUUUGCACUAUUUAGCAUGGAGUUGGGCAUCCUGGCAACAAAGGUUCCCAUGUAGUCUUUCUAGGAGACAUGAACAUGCUUUUUUCGACAGGAUUCUCAAGAAUGAAUGAGAGACAGCUAGCUAUCUGGGAUGUGGUAAGACUAUGGCUUAAUCCAUAUUUCUUUUAUUUUUUUAUUAUUAACCCUUUCAAUUUUAGAUUUGUGGUGAAGUAAUUGUCAUAAUUUGUAGCUUUCUCAUCUGUUCAAGAAAUCACAUUGCUUUGUUAUCAUUCAACUCAGGUUGCAAAGAAAGUCAGUUUUACAGCCUGUCAUUCGGGCAAGCUGUAGCUAGCAUGUACUAGCCCACAAGUCAUUUCAACUAGCCCCAAAACCCUUUUCGAUUAGCAGGAUUGAUUACAAUCCCUCUGUAAUUUGAAUUUUCCCAAAACCAGCACUUGUCCGUCAGGCAAGUUAAGAACAAAAAUCACUAGCCCGAUGGCGAAAUUCACUAGCCCUGGGCUAUCGGACACUACUUUCUUUGCACACUGCAACUGGACUAAAAAAUCGUGAAAGGCAUGAAGGAUGGUUAGUGUACUGGACUUCAGACCUGAUAGUUCAAGUCUGAAUAGUUUGUGUCCUUAGAAAAACAACUUUGUUCCAUGCUGCAUUCUUAUAAUUUCUAGCUGAUAAUUUAUGUUUAAAUACCCUUGAACUUCCUAUUUUAUUUGACAGAGAAACCUUAAGAAAGCUGUAAAGAUGGACACCCUCGAUUCAUCAUCAGGAAUUUUGCUUCCAUAUUAUGAUCAUGAUACAAAGAUUGUUUUCCUCGCUGGGAAAGUACGUGAUAGUACCUCUUAAGGUUAACAAAUUGUAUUUAGGUAUAAAUAUGCAUUAUUGAACAAGUGGAGCUAAAUAGUAAAUGGUGAAUAGUGUGAAAUAAAAUGAACCUUAUGUUGUGGGUGUUUCGUGUAAAUUGAUAGAAGCCCACGGUUUUUCUUUCUCUCUGCCAUCAUUUUUUGUUUCUGACAAAGUUUUGUAACACGAUACUGCUAAGAUAUGUUAAUUCUAGAGAAACAACUUGCAUCCUAGUUACUGGUAGUAGAGGGUAACAAAAUAUUACCCCCUUAAUAUGUAGUUUUUUCUUAACGGAAGUCUGCAGUUUUUUUUUUAACUUAAGUCUGUAUUAAAGUACAUGUAAUGUGCAUGCAGAAUGUCUUUUGUCAGUGAUGGCAAAUGGGUAUGAUGGGUAAUCAAUUUUUUUUUCUUUUUAUUUCUUAGGGUGAUGGUAACAUCAGAUACUAUGAAGUGUCUGAAUCUGAGCCAUACUUCACUUUUCUCAAUGAGUAUCGCAGUUCUUCCCCACAGCGUGGACUUGGUGUCAUGCCCAAGAGAGGCCUUGAUGUGACCACAUGCGAGAUUUUUCGGUUUUACAAACUACACAAUAACAACUUUGUAGAGCCCCUCGCCAUGACUGUUCCUAGAAGAGUAAGUCUGUUAUAUAAGUUUUCCAAUAAUUAAGCAAUUUCUCAUGCCCAUGAAUUGUUGUUGGCUAAAAGCUAUCCUCUUGGCAGGCCUGCAAAUAAUUUUUUUUCUUCUGACCAAGGUCACCAUAUUAACCUUUUAAGCCCUAAUACCCACAUACAAAUUCUCCAAACUGGUCUCUAUACACUUCCGUAAAGAAUAAGUAAAGAGAAUUUGAUAAAAAAUCGAAGCAUUUUCUCUUUAUUGAUCAUUUAUUAAUUCUCAUAACCAUUUCUCUUGACAAUCUAUGGUCAUCUUUUGGAGAAAAUUGAUGUUGAUCACUAUUGGGACUUAAUGGGUUAAUUAGUUGGACAAACUACUAGAGUUGUUGGACAUAGAUUAGGUUGACUUUUAAUUUAUUUAAUUAUUACUAUGCAGAUCACAGGGCACAGAGGAGUUAUUUAAAUGUGACCUUGAUUGUUGAUUGUACUUAAAUUUUACAGUUGUUUCUGUGCAUUGUUUUUAUGCUGUUGAAUCGAUCGUCUUAAAUAUAAACCAGGUAAAAUAUUAUCCAAUGCUCCAGAAAACUGCUGAAGGUAAUGAAUGUGGAUGAAUAACAGCAGCUAAGAUAUUGUAAAGAGACUAUAGGGAUGAAACUAAUUUAGGCCAAUUUUCAGCCUGCCAUAAAUUGUCAUUCCCUGGAUAAAUCUGCACCAUUUUCCUGGCUGAUGCCAAAACAACAUUCUUUUUUCCAGAGAAAAUUUGAACAGUGAUCUUGUUUCAACUGACUUUCCAGGGGCACAUUUUUUAGCGUUGAAAGCUCGCUUUUGUACAGUAUGGACCAGAAGAUACUGGUGAGGGAAGUACAUCAUAAGUUAUAUAACAAACCAAAACAAUGAUAGGAAAUAAAGUGUUGACAGGCCAAACAUGAUUCACAAGCUCAUAAUUUUGUGAAACGGAAGCUUAGGGUUUGCUCAAACAACAAAUAUUUUCUUCUUUCUCUCUCUAGCGGGUAGAUUAUACAGUGCAUGGAGCAUUCUGUAGUUUAAGCAGCUGGUCUUGCUUUGAGAGACUGUUUUAUGCAUAAUUAUUGAUUACCAUAUUACAUUAUUUCCUAUGGUUUACAAAUGUAUGUUUCUGUUGACCUUUUAGGUGUUGCUGACAGAAUUUGGUUUCUGCAUGCUUUCUGCACCUUUAAAGCAUUAAGUCUUUUAUUGUCGCUAGAUAAAGAUUGCAGUUCUGUUUAGUUUUCUUCGAAAUGUCUUGACCUAACUAACUAUAUAUCAAGUUUUUUUUGUGUGUAAAUGCGAUGAUUUCCUGCUAUGCUCAGCGUGACAGCAAACCCUCACUUUCGUUUCCAUCACCAGUAAGUUGCAGUCCACAUUGAACAAGUCACGUGGUAUUUAGUUUCAUCCCUUAUCUCUUUUUCUUCUUGGCACUUUGCCCUUCAUAUUUGUUCCCACCAAGCAUUUUACCAAGCUUGUAACACGAUCGCAUGACGGUUUUAUAGGUCAAGUUCAUAUUCGAUUCUACAGCAAACAGAGGCAAAUCACGCUAUCAACUGUAAAAUUUAACUGUAAUCAAGGUCACAAAUAACUCCUCUAUGCCCUGUGUGCAAAUCUUCAGCUACAAGGUGAUAGUCUUUGGUAUUUGAUUUGUCUGGUCAUCAUGUCUGGCAGCAAAAAGGAUUUUGUCAGUUGGACAUAAUUAUCCAAUGACUGACUGUUAUUUGCAGCUCUGAUAAGACUACAGACAAAUGGAACUGAGAAAAUGAUGGCACAGUACUUUUUCUCUGUCAUGCAGGCAUAUAGUUGUCUGUAAAACAUUACUAGCAUUAAGUGUUCAUUGUCUACACUCUUAUAGAUAAUUUGUAGAAAUGACGUUGAAAUGUUGCAAAAUCUUGAGGUGAAACCAUGGGCACUUGACUUUUGAAAAGUACGAUCUUUAAGUGUAAAGAUCAUGGAAAACUAUUGUUGUUGAUUUUUAAAAUUCAGUACUUGCAUAACUUGUGAAUUAUUGCUGCCAGUUUUGUGUUUUUUGGACUAUUGUGGUUGAUUUUCUGUGACACAGUAUUAUGGAUCAUUUUUUUUUGUUCUAGCAAUCAGGUGUGAUUCAGCGAGACUUGUACCCAUUAACACCUUCCAAUGUACCUUCCAUGAAAGCAAGGGAGUGGAUUGAUCAGGGAUUGAACAGAAAUCCUAACCUGAUAGACUUACUAGUAGACUUCCCUCUUCAAGAUGGUGAGGUUGAAACACGAGACAUGAGAUCAAAAGAAGAGAGAGAGGCCUCUAGUCCGAGACCAGUGGCUGUGAGGUGAGCAGUCCUAAGAGUGAUCAGCAUCAAAUUUCUCCUUGUAAUAUCAAUGUUUUGUAAAACAGAAUGGUUAAGAGAAUUACGGACAUGACCACACAAGACAAAUUUUCUUGAUAUUGUAUCAACUUCUCCCCACAACUUCUGUAGGAAGUGAAUUGGGGCAACAAAUGAGAAUUCAAAAUUUGAUCUUAAGGUUUAGAGUUAAUUAAAAACCAGUCUACAUAGAUAUUAGGGUUGUCAUGUACAGUGGAACUUCAAUAUAAUGAAGGGUCAAGAGACCAGCAAAAUGUGUUGCUAUAACGAGGUUUCUUAAUCAUGACUGCUGACUGCUAGUGCAUGUUGUUUAACUUCCUUGUUUUUCUUUGUAGCAAAUCACAUAAUCAUACUAGGCCAAAAAUGUUAGUUUUGUUUUCCUCAGACCUGAGUCAUUAAGUCAAUAAUUUUUUGUCAGAAGCCCAACUUCAGAGUCACCGCCAAAAUCACCUGUGAGAGUUAGUAGCAGAAAUGACGAACAGCAUCCUGCAGCUCCAAUGGAGUCAAACCACUUUCCUUCCCGCAGCCAGAAUGGAGAAAGUGAUAUUCAGUAUGUUAAGGCCACAGAGGUAUCAAGUAUGCCAGAAAGCAAGCGCAGGGAUCCCAUUCAGGUAUGCAUUGCUGCUUGUGCUAAUAGACUUGUGUUGAAAAUAUUUUUAAUCUUUUGGAUAAUACUAGCACAGGCAAUACAUGUACGAAACCGCUUCUACAAGAACUAAGACUAAUUGAGCAGAUUCAGGGCUUGAAACUGUGAAUUUAAUAUUGCUCGGAAGGCUGAUUGUAUUGCCAGUACAUCCAUUCCUCGUGAAAAGUAUUGUGAAUUCAUUGGAACUAACGUGCAGCAUAAUUUUUUUAUUCUUGCCUUAUGCUGUCAACUCCCACUCAAACUUAGAAAUUUAAAAGGCUUCAUUUUUCUACCAAGAGGUGCAAUUUUGCUCUUUUUGGGGGAAGAUGGUGACCUGAAGAUGACUUCACUAACUUCCUAUGCCAUUGCCUGCAGAAAUAUCACAGACUGAAUGGCUUAAUCUUGAAAAUUUUCCAUUUGUUUAAAUUCUUUGUUUUGUUAUGUUUUGCAUGUGUAGGUAACAGCUAAGGCUGUAUCAAGCAGAAGAAUUAGCUCAUCUUCAGAAAAACGGAGAUCUGGAGGAGACAGACGUUCAGGAGAUUUUUCAAGCUGGGACAUUGAUACUGUAAGUCGUUAAAGGUUGUCAAUGAGAUAAAAAGUUAUCCAAGAUGUCAACUUAAAGUCUGAAAAAAGUCUUUACAACUAAGUACAAUAGACCUAUUUGGCUAACUCAAUGUUGUACCCAAUUCAAAUCCCCCUGGGUUAAGAUUCUUUGUGUACUGUAUUUGCAUUAUAAUGUGGCAUUCACAUUUAAAUGAUAUGGAAAUUUCUGAAACAAAACGUUUUAUUCCCAAAGGGUAUGAAUUGGGUACAACAUUGGGUUAGCCGAAUAAUUCGGCUAACCCAAUGUUGGUCACAAUAUUGGUCUAUGCCUCAACCAUACCUUGAAUGAAUGCCUUGGACCUUCUUUGUUAGACUGAAACUUGCUGACAAUGGUGAACAGAGCAUUUUCCAUAAUGCCUUUCAGUAUUUUUACCUACACAUGUACACUUAUACUAUUUAAAAUCUUUUGAAAAAGUCUCCAAUUGUAUAUUAUUAGUGUCCGUAUUCUCCAACUUGUUAGUGUGGUCCAUGAAACUUGCUUGAGUGACUUGAGUGGGGUUUCUACAGGUUGUACAGUGACUUAUCUAUCACUACAUUUUGAAAAAAUUAAUGUUUGUCUUGUUGAAAGAGGCGGAGAGAAAGAGGCUCUGCCUGAAUCGCAUCAAGCCUUUGAAUUCACCUCAACCCAACUUCUGGACUAGCUAAUCUUGUUUUGUCUCGUCAAACUAGCUUAUCUGUGUGUGAGCAUCUGUUUACUGAUAAAUUGACAGUCAUAGCUGAACCCACUGUGCCAAGUGCAUGGUUAUUAGUCCUGGGUAUGAAAUUGUAUCCUAGAACACUCAGCGCAUGGUCAGCAAACAUCCUAUUUGAUUUAAGAAGAGUCUUUCUUGAGUAAGACAAAAUCGAGUAAGCGGAAGAAACGAUCUACAGCAACAACAACUUUAUUAGGAACACAUCAACAAUACAAUAGAGUUUAAUGUUUAAUGUUCCCACGCAAAUCGAAAAAUCUAGUCAAGGCGGGGGAAGGCGAAAAAAGAAAAAGAAAUGUUAAUGCCAAGUCACGGCAAGUAUAAGGAUAAACGUAGCAGUGCAUGCGCAUGUUUCAGCAACGAUAUCGUGCAGUUCUUUAAAUUAACGCCAGGUUUUACAAGGAAGAAAUAAAACAGGUUUCACUUCAAAGAAAUAUUUUGUAUUUCAGAGGGUGAAGUACUAACGAGGGUUACUAUGUAUGUUAUCAAUGUGUAAAGAAAGUCAAGUCCGGUAGCCGAAGGCUAGUGGAUUUUGCUAUUAGCCUGGUUAAUUCUGUUCUCAAAUGACAAAAGAACUGUAAUCACUCCUGCUCAUCAAAAUUAGCAAAAAUUUACGUUUCGUGUUGGUUAAAAUUACCUUCAGACCAGUACAUGCUAGCUAUGGCAAGCUGUAAACUGACUUUCUUUAAACAGACAGACAGACAGACUGACUGACUUUAUUAGUGUGUCGAGGCCAUAUAGCUUGGGACAAACCCCAUACUAAUUUGGGCACACAUCCUGGUUAUUGUUUACUCUAGUUAAGACUUGCCUACAGUGAUCAGCGAGAUGAAAUCCUCUUCCUACAAACCCAGAUAAGAGCAAAAGAUGCAAAAAUAUUCCAACUUGAAAAAGACAUGGAGUAUUUACGUGAAAAGUGGCAAAGGUAUGUACAAGAACUUUUGUUCCAUUUUCCUUACUUCCUGUGCUCGCGCACACUCCCCUUUCCUUCAUAUUUUAGAUGAGUAGAACAGGAGACUCGAUUGGUAGGAAGUUGCUUUCAUGGUUGACUUUUAUCUAAUAUACAGUCUUUUCGAAUUUAUGGCCAAAUGAAACCCUUGAAUAAAGUGUCAAUGUGGAAAUCGCCUUCUUAUCAUUAAAUCGUGUUUUCUAAAGAAAAUCAUGAAUAACUUGUCAAUGUUUCAUUGUUGUUCUCGUUAAACGAUUAUUUUCAAUAAUGCAAUUUGUUUAUCCAUUUUAUUCUCAGGCGUUAGUAAGUCAAAGAAAGAAGAAGUUAUAUAGAGAAGCAAGAGAAUUUUGUGGAAUACCUUAAACCCCUGACAGUAGUCAACAUCUAUUUUCUCCUUAAAUCAACACUGCUCAAUCAAACAUAGAGGUCGGGAGCUAAAAUAGCCUAACAAAACAGCCGACGUUUCGUGACACCACCAGCAGUUUCCCGCAAAAUGAAGUCUGAGGAACGAGUGAAGAAAUUCCAUACUGAUGAGGCCUAACUAUCCAGAUCUGGGUAGUGCUUCUUAUUGGUUGAAAAUUUCCUUCUGCGAUGUAGAGGCAAUCAGAAGCACUACCCAGAUCGGUAUGGCUCGUUCCUCAGACAUCAUUUCGCAGGGAAACCAUUGGGAGUAUUAUAAAAUGUCGGCUGUUUUCUCAUGCUUAAGUGAUCAACUUUUGAAAAAGGUCUUGAGUGUUAAACAAAUUCUCCUAUAGUACUAUAGAAAAUGUAUGGAGAAGAAUUCCCUACUCCAGAAACUCAAGGGAGAAUGAGUACAAGCUUUGGUUGCAGUGACUUCUGGGAUCGUUUGGGUGGACAAGCGAUGUUAUGAUUGGUCGAUGGUAUUCAAGGCAACCAUUGACCAAUCACAAGUAACGCUUCUCCACCCAAAUGAGUCCAGAAAUUAUUGCGCCGAAAGCUUGCACCCAUUCCCCUUAUAGUUUCUGUAGUAGGGAAUAAGUGGGAAAUUUAUGCUGAUACUAGGGUUUAAAAGGUUAAUCAAUAGUUUGGCCUACUGUGCAUAUUUAAAUCGGCCGUUCCUGACGAAGAGAGUAAACCAUUUGAAUGAAACCUAUUGGAAAUUGAGUAGUAAUUUCCUGUGGUACUGGUUAGUUUAAUGCUUGAAGCAUGCAAAGCAUACUUGUUACUGUUUGCUCAAUUUAACUAUAAACUGUUCAAUCCACUCUUGAUUUUAAAAGAGGAAAAUCUUUUAUUCUAAGACAAUAAAUUCCUAAGACAAAGGUGUUGGCAAUGUCUUGUGCGUAUUUUAUUUAAUGUUUUUGUUUUGUAACACUAUAUAGAUGAGAUGUACUUCUUUGCCUCUUUAUUUUUGCGUAAAGUAAGAGACUAUAAUGUGUACUCACGAUGUACAAACUUAGAUGAUACAUAAUUAUGCGCUAAAUUAGUGAUUAAAAUAGUAUUUUUAAUUCC